UGAAGGCGUCUGUCGCUCCUGACUGACGUCACAUAUGCGCAAAUGACAUCGUGUGUUUGGCAGAGAAAUACUCGUGCGUUGUACUGUUUUCCUCCAUUGUUGCAGUGAUUUAAAUUGUUUACGGAACUUUUGAGCGGUCAGUAACCCCCCCCCAGUUAGCUGUGGCCCGGCCGGCCACCUCAGCGAGCUGCCAUCAGUCACUGGGUCUCAGAUGGCGGAUGUUAGCGGGGAAACUUCAGCUUCUCCCAGGCAGAGGAGUGAAUGCAGGAGCGAGACUGGAGAUGCUGUCCCGGGAAACCAGACCCUGUCCAAGAGGCAGAAAAAGAAGCUCCUGAAGCAGCAGAAAUGGGAGGAAGAGAGAGAGCUGCGAAAACAGAGAAGAAAGGAGAGGAAGCAGCAGCGCAAACUGCAGCGACAGAACACCCAGCAGGAGAACAGAGGAGAGGGUCCGAGUGGCCGGAAACGGCCAUGCACAGAGGCCACGCCCAGCUCUCUCAGGCUGCUGGUGGACUGCAGCUUUGACGACCUCAUGCUCAUCAAGGACGUUCGUAAGCUCCACAAACAGAUCCAGCGCUGCUACGCUGAGAACAGACGGGCUUCACACCCUGUUCAGUUUUAUCUAACGAGUCUGGGAGGACAGCUGAAGCAGAGCAUGGAUGAGAAGGACAAAGGAUGGGUGAACUGGAAGGAUAUCACCAUUAAAGCAGAACACUACAGUGAAGUGGUGGUUAAGGAUGAGCUGGUGUACCUGACCUCGGACUCCCCCAAUGUAGUGGAGGAGCUGGACCAGAAGAAGGCCUAUGUGAUUGGAGGCCUGGUGGACCACAACCACCAUAAGGGCAUUAGUUAUGAGCGGGCGAAGGAGCUAGGGAUCGGCCAUGCACAGCUUCCUCUGAGCAGUUUUGUUAAAAUGAACAGUCGGAAGGUUCUGGCGGUCAAUCAUGGUAAGUAGUGACAUUCAUUGAUGACAAACAAAUCCAUAUGAUAAAGAUAUAGGGUGGAGGAUGUUGAUUUUUGUUGCUGCUGUUGAGCCAUUUUUGACUCAAUUUGGCCAUAUCUUUAGAUUAGUUUACUGAAACAAAUAUUUCCUAAUAUAGGAGCUUUUCUCACUGAAUAAAGGAAAAGUUGUAUUUGUCUUCAUUUUCACGGUGUGAUAAUGCUGCUGAAAUAAAAGAGAAUAUUUUUGAUUUACUUUAAAUAUCAUGGAAAAGUCCAAUACAUUUUCUCCCUUAUUUCAGGAAGUGAAACUCCAUUAUUUAGAUUAAUCACAGCCUUCAUUGUAAUUUUGAAGAUUGUGGUUGAAACCCCAAAAUUCUGUGUCUCAGAAGAUUAAAGUAUUACAUAAGAUUAAAAAAUAUU